GCAGCAUUGCUGCGUUAUGAGCAGCCACCGUUAGAGUGAGUGGAGUGUCUCCGCCCCGACAGCUUCACUCGGUCCAGCCUGAAGAGAAGGAGAGUCCACUGCUAAAAAUAUCAGUGCUAACACAAGAUGGCCGGUUUGCCUCGUAGGAUUAUAAAGGAGACGCAGCGGUUGAUGGCGGAGCCUGUCCCCGGCAUCACUGCUACGCCCGACGAAGGGAAUGCACGCUACUUCCACGUGGUCAUCGCGGGGCCUCAAGACUCCCCCUUUGAGGGAGGAACAUUUAAACUUGAACUAUUUCUUCCAGAAGAGUAUCCCAUGGCAGCUCCCAAAGUGCGAUUCAUGACCAAAAUCUACCACCCCAAUGUUGACAAACUGGGAAGAAUAUGUUUAGACAUUUUGAAAGAAAAGUGGUCUCCAGCCCUGCAGAUCCGUACAGUGUUGCUAUCCAUCCAGGCGUUAUUAAGUGCUCCCAAUCCCGAUGACCCCCUGGCAAACGAUGUCGCAGAGCAGUGGAAGAAAAACGAAAGCCAUGCCAUUGAGACAGCCCGAACAUGGACCAGGCUCUAUGCCAGCAACACUGAAGUAUAGAAGAAAAGAGACGAGGCGUCUGAAUGUGAUCAACAAAAUGUACUUUUAUUCGGUUUCAAUUUAAACACACACACACACACUCAUAAACAAAAGAGAAAAAGAAAAAAAAGCUAAGAUUAUAGUCCAAAUAUAUUUGACAGAAAUGAUGAGAUUCACUGCUGCAGACCUCUGGGUGACUUAUUACUUUCCUCUCCUUAAAUGUGUGUCAGUCUUUUUUUGUUGUCGUUUCUUUUCUGUGUUGCUAUUUAAAUGCAUGGACAGAGGAUGGCACUCUCCCCCAAUCUCAGUCUUCACACACACACAUCAUGCAGUGUAUAGUCCUGCAGUCGACACCAACUGGUACGUUUGGGAAGAGAUGCAUUAAAAGCUCCUUCGCCCCUUUUUUUUUUAACUUGUGCAUCUUCGGACAUCGUGAUGUCAUUUCAACACACACACACACACACUCUCACACACACACUCUGUCCAGCUGCCAGCCACAAUCACAAACACUAGUAAUGAGCAGAUUAAAUCAUAUGAACACCAAAAAGUUUCCCCUUUUUUUUCUCCUGUUGGGGGAGUUUUUAACGACUUGAACUUCAUUCGAUGAACACAAACACAAAUGUCAAGUGUUCAUCAACUGUAACCUGGCUGCAAAUGUAGUGGGGAAAAAAAUCAUAAAACCAUAAUUAAAAUUUUAAAUAACGAGAUUCAAAAAGGCCUUUAAUUGAGUAUAAACCCGAUGUAAUUAAUCUGCUGCAGUAUUUAAAACAACACAUUUGACAGCAUGAAGUCUGACUUUAGGAUCCAUCUGUCGCCCCAAAUAGAAAGACAUUGAACGAGAAUUCCAUCUCAUCAAUGAUUCAAUUUUAAUGCAGUGAAACCCCAACGCUCUGGAUAGAACGUUUACUUCAUGCCGACGCCCCCCUCCCCUCACCUCCUCUAAUUUACAGUCGGACAGGGAAGGUUGAGCGAGUCGCUUCCUGUAAAAAAAAAGGAAAAAAAAAGACAGAUUUCCAGCACAUUGAGAAAAGUAGCAGAUUAUUAAGAUGUGCUGGAAAUGUUAUUUUUUUCCCCCUUUAUUCUUUUUAAAUGUCCUGUCCUCCUUUUUGUUGCAUGUUCCGUCUUUCAUUUAAGAAAAAAAAACCUCAGCAUGUUCUAUAACGAAACACAUGCCAAGAUUGAGUUUUAUUUUUAGGGCUUUUUUUCUGUCUGUAAAAUGUUUUGUGAGGAGAUGAAUUGAACCCAGCAGGCCGACAACAUUACAAACAAAGAGAACUCCACUCCACUCUGUGCUGUUGCUGGUUUUCUUCUGGCUAAAAAAAAAAAAAAAAAACCUCAGCUGCAUCAGAUUUUCAUUUAAAAAGUUUUCUUAAAAACAACAA